UCCUAGUCUCCAGGGCAGCAGAAAACAAGCUUGUUCCCUCCUCCCUAUGACUUCCCUUCACGUAUUUGUACAUGGCUAUCAUGUCUCCUCUCAGCCUUCUCUUCUGCAGGCUAAACAUGCCCAGUUCUUUAAGCCGCUCCUCAUAGGGCUUGUUCUCCAGACCCUUGAUCAUUUUAGUUGCCCUCCUCUGGACGCUUUCCAGCUUGUCAACAUCUCCCUUCAAUUGAGGUGCCCAGAAUUGGACACAGUAUUCCAGGUGUGGUCUGACCAAGGCAGAAUAGGGGGGGAGCAUGACUUCCCUGGAUCUAGAUGCUAUACCCCUAUUUAUGUAGGCCAGAAUCCUGUUGGCUUUUUUAGCAGCCGCAUCACAUUGUUGGCUCAUGUUUAACUUGUUGUCCACGAGGACUCUAAGAUCUUUUUCACACGUACUGCUAUCAAGCCAGGCAUCCCCCAUUCUGUAUCUUUGCAUUCCAUUUUUUCUGCCUGAGUGAAGUAUCUUGCAUUUGUCCCUGUUGAACUUCAUUUUGUUAGUUUCAGCCCAUCUCUUGAAGUACACAAGUCCCUGCUGGUUUAACGUGCCUUCUCUCUAGCCUUCUGUGAAUAAAAUUAUAUUUUUCGUACUCAUUUCUUUGAAGAAAAGAAAUUAAGGCAAAUGGAUUCUGUACACCUUAGCAAAGAAAAUGAAUUAACCUUUAACAAAUCCAUUCAGUAAGGUUGUUAGAGACAGACAAAAUCGAGCCAAGAAUGAAAUAUAAUCAAACUGAGAUGUGAUGCACUUUUUGGCGUCAUUGGCUAUCAUGCUAUGGCAACCUUUAUCCUCAUUAAUGUUUUAUUCGUCUUUUCAUGGGCCUUCAGAAGAAAUCACCAAUGGGCUACUAGAGUAACAAAAAGUAACCAGAUUCCACUGACCUGUUUAACCACAUAUGUGAAGGAAGGACGAGAGGAAGACAGUUGCCUCUUAGGAGAGUGGUUCAGUAGAGUUCCUGGAAAUGCUUUGAUAAGAUGGCUGAAUCAAGGCAGCGGACUUUGUCUACAUCCGGAGUAGCACUCUAUGAAAUUCUGGGUCUCGAGAAGGGUGCGUCCCAUGAUGAAAUCAAGAAAUGUUACAGAAAGUUGGCUUUGAAAUAUCAUCCUGACAAGAACCCUGAUAACCCAGAAGCUUCAGAGAAAUUUAAAGAAAUCAACAAUGCUCAUGCAAUAUUAACUGAUGUUUCCAAAAGAAACAUAUAUGACCAGUAUGGAUCACUAGGACUGUACAUCGCAGAACAAUUUGGUGAAGAAAAUGUCAAUACAUACUUUAUGCUUUCUAGCUGGUGGGCAAAGAGCCUGUUUGUUCUUUGUGGCCUUUUGACUGGCUGCUACUUUUGCUGCUGCCUGUGCUGCUGCUUCAACUGCUGCUGUGGGAAAUGCAAGCCUAAACCACCCGAAGAAGAGCAAGAAUACAGCCUGUCUCCUGAAGAUUUGGAAGAACAAAUCAAGAGUGACAUGGAAAGAGAUGGGGAAACUCCCAUUAUGCUACAGCCAACAAAUGCAACAGAGAAGACCCAGCUUAUUGGAGACAGUCGUCGCAACUAUCACACAGAUACAUAAACCUGUUAUCACUGGAGCCUAACACAAUGUUGGCAAAAGAGUUUGGGAUUGUAAAGCAUGAUUAGAACAUUUUCACACAUGACACUAAAGAGGAAUGUUGUAUUGUCUAAAUGCAUGGGAUGAUGUCCCAUUGACCUCAGCUGACAAUGGACCUACUUCUGAGAUGGCAUGCAAGAGUUUCUUUGAGAUCCUCCGUGUCUUUUUACCUGCAUGUAGGCUGUUGCUGAAUAUCAAGUGGGAAAGAGCCUUUUUAAAACUGAAAGUGCUUUCUACCCAACCUUGGUUUGAGAUUAAUACUAGAGAUAUCAAAUAUGUAAAAAUCUUUUCUGGUGUCAUUUGUGAAAAUGUCUUCAGUUUUCUCCAUAAUUGUUUUUCAUUUACAGUUUAGACAGUGAUUAUUUUUGUGUAGUUUUUUCCCCUUUAAUUCUAGGAACUUUAGACAUGAACAGACUCUCUGGCUUCAUUUUCCAUCGCAGUAUUGCAACCAUGCAAGCUUUAGUGUGUAUUUUCUUCCCUAACCUACAUUUUUGCAGCCACAACAGCUUCCAUUUCUAAUUAAAACUGACUAGCACAGCUGGAUCUCCAGACCAGUGAGAUCCAGAUUUGCAAUUUCCAGUGGCCACAAUUAUCAUGUCCCAUAUUAGUAGAUGGUAGUGAUGUAAACAGACAAGCUGAAGUGUGCCAUUUAAUAAUAUGGGCCAGGAUUAUCCAUUUUUUUGUAUCUGUAGCAGAUCCCUGGUUGAACCCACACAUUGAUAGAAGGUCCAUUGUAUUCUUCUCUUUGAAUAUAUGUGUAAAUUAAGACACAAGUGUGAAGAAAUAUUUUGCCCAUGGAAAAUAGUUACAAGAUUCACUCAGCUCUUUGUAAGAAGGGCUAGACAGUAACUCCACAAAUAAAUCAAUAAGCUUUUAGGUCUGUUGGGAUUAGGUCCAAAGCAGCAAGUGAUGAGAUAUUUCACAAUUUACACAAAGUACUGUAAACAAAAGAUAGUUGUAUUUAUCUAGCUGAAAGGUCUGCUUCUUUACCUUGGUUCGCAUUUAUGGUAUUAUUUAAACAACGGGGUUUUUUCCUUCAAUUAGUGAAGUUAGUGAUCUACAGCUGAAUAAUAAGCUAUUUGAGGCAUUUGAUGAAUACAUGGCAAAUGGAAAUUUUCACUUGCACACCUGCAUAUAUCUGCACUCACAACAGUCAUUGUGUAUAGUCCUUUUUUGUGGUUAUUGCUUAAAUGUUUACUUAGAAGUUGAAUUAUGUGUACACAUAAUAUAUCAAUAUCCAUUUAUUUUAUGCAUGUCAGUGGCCCUAUCACUAUGGCUUUGCUAAAUCUGGGACCAAAGGGAUAACGAAAGGCCAAAUGCUCCCUGAAUAGGCUGAAAAUAAAAUCAUUCAGGGGAGUAGCAAGCAAUAUAAUACGAAAAUAUCCACUAUAUCACAUUGAGAAUUGAUAAAUCUACUAAUAAGGGUUGAAAAAGCCAGUAUUAAUUGUGUGUUCAAGAACAGGAUAUAUUUUAAGUAUCCUAAACUCAAUGUUUAAAUUGGAAGCCAUUUGGCAUCAUGGCACUUUCUUUUUUUCAUAUAGUUUGUAGGUGGCUGCAUAUUGUAUGCAAAGGUAAUCAGUAACAAAUGAAUCCUUCAUAAUUGGAAAUUUUACGUAUGCUCAUUUCUUGGGAAAGUUAAUUUUUCAUUUGCAGCUUCCAAAAUACCUCCAGCCAGGAUAACCAUGCUAGCUAGAAAAUUCCAGGUGUACUCCAUAAAGCUGAUUUUUCCAAAUGAUAUCUGGUUCUCUAUAUUACAGUUGGAAAUAUUUAGCACUUUACCUUUGAAUUUAUUGCUCUACCAAUUUCCAAAUGUACCAUGUAUACUAAAUUUAACUUUUCGCUGUCUAAUAUAUUACUUGAAUAAUAAAGACUCUCUAUAUUGU